AAUCAGUCCCUUACUACAGACAAACACAGUAUCUGCUGCAGAAAUUUGUGAAUCUUUAAAAAGUUGCAGAAACAUUUUGCUUUCUUCUUUUUAAACAUAUAUUUAACAUUUCAUCAACUUUUCACUAAUAUUAUGGGUUGAUUAAAGACAAUAUGCUUUACAUCUGAUGAGUAUAAAAUCAUUCUGUAACAUUUUCUGACAUUUUUUGAAUCCACAUACUGAUUUAUAAGAUGGGGAGUAAUGGUACUACUUAUGAUCAUGAUUAUGAUUGGGAGAAAGAUUUGAGUGAACUUAUGUCAACAAAAUCAGGUGUAAAAGGACUUGUUGAUUCUGGUAUCCUUAAAAUCCCCAAAAUGUUUGUUUCUUCUGACAGGAAUCAUCUGAAGCAAGCGAACUCUGAUAAUGAUGGUAUCGAGAAUCAAGUUCCAAUCAUAAAUCUCGAGGGUUAUGAAAGUAAAAGGCGUAUGAUUAUUGUUAAUGAAGUAUUAGAAGCUUCGAGGAAAUGGGGUAUGUUUCAAGUUAUCAACCAUGGAGUUCAAACAGAUGUGAUGAUGAACAUGUUGGAAAGUGUUUGUGAUUUUCACGAGCAGGCGAAAGAGAUGAAGGAGGAGUAUUAUUCACAUGAUUCUUCGAGGAAGGUGUGGUAUUAUGCGACUAUUCACCCGGUUCUUAGAGCUGCAUUUUGGAAAGAUACAAUUGCUUGUGAGUUUGAGAACUUGACAGCAGAUUUUGAAGCCUUACCUAAAAUUUGCAGGUUUCAGAAGCCUAUGUCUGAUUAUGUCAAACACAUUGUUGAAUUGAAAGGGAAGUUAUGCAAGUUGCUUUCUGAGGCUUUAGGGUUAGAGAGUGACCACCUUGAACUAAUGGAAUGCAUGGAAGCUCGGAAGUUGGUGGGUCAUUACUACCCACCUUGCCCCGAGCCGCAUUUGACUCUGGGCACGGUGCACCAUACUGAUCCUUAUUUUUUAGCCAUUCUGUUACAAGGCGACAUAGACGGACUCCAAGUCUUGCAUCAGAAUCAGUGGGUACACGUGCCGCCGGUGGAGGGUUCGCUUAUCGUUAUGAUAGGUGAUAUGCUGCAGGUGAUAAGCAAUGAUAUGUUCAGAAGUGCUGAACAUAGAGUACUGGCAAAUCGAAAAGGACCCAGGUUAUCAGCAGCAUGUUUUCUGUAUCCAAAUAGCAGAAAUAACAAUCGAAAAUAUGAACCAAUACAGGAACUUCUUUCUGAUAAAAAUCCUGCAGUUUACAAAGAAAUAUCACAGAUUGAAUAUCUCAAGCUUUUCAGUUUACAUGGAAGUUGCAGUACUAAAGUUCUUCCUCAUAUCAAGCUUUAAAGAAUUGUACCAACAGGAAUAAUCAUUGAACUUAGAAAAGUUCAAUUCUUUCCCCACAUUGUGAGAGUAUUUGUGUUAAUUCAGAAACCCCCAUAUAAUUUGAUAUUCAGUUCAGUUAAAAA